AUGAGGGCCGUUAGCAACGAGAGCUUCGGCGGCACGCGGCUGCAUCCCAAAGAUGCAGACAAGCGACCGUCGUCUCCUCUUCCCCUUUCUACUGCCUCCCCGGCGCGCGUGGUGGCCGCAGAACGCGAGGGGACCCUCGCACUCUCGCGCGAUCUCGCCCGCUUCCAUCUCCUUGCUUCGUCGCUCUCUGAAGCCAAGCUGCCGCAGCGGGGAUCUCUUCUCUUCUUGCAUGUGAGCCCGAUGGAGAGCUCGCCUCGCGGGGCAUCGCCCGCGCGCUCGCCCGUCCGCAAGGCGCGCGAAAGCGAAGAGAGCAGAACGCCGCCGCUUGCCGAGCCUGCGCGGAGAGGCGGAGAGCCUGAGGGGGAGGCCUGCGAUCGUGGAGGAAAGCGGGUGUCGGGGCGAGCGUACGAUGGGAGCAGAGAUCGUGCAGCGCAGACUCGCGCCGAGCCUUUCAAGGUGGACGCCUCGCCUGAGCAGGCGGCGCUGAUUCGCGCGCACCAGAAGCUGCGUGAAGAGGCGUUGCUGGGGGAGACGCGCGAGCGCGGAGUCGCGAGGGGGAUGACAGAUGUCGCUGCGUCCCUCCUCGAGCGCGGCCGCAACAUUGAGAAGCAGUCCCCAGAUCCGACCUACCAGUACGUAUGCAAUCUUCUCUUGCCGCAAUCGCGCGUUCCGCAAGAGGCCGGUCGACACGCGGUCGCGCCCUCUGUUGCGUCCCAGACCCAGUUCGCUAACCUCGCGCAGUCGCCGCCGCCCCCCUCACCCCCUCUGUCGUCUUCCUCUCUUGGUUCAGGUGUCGCGCCGUUCGGCGCUUCCUCGGGGGAGCAGGGCGACUUCGAGUGGCGGGCUCAGAGCGACCUGAGUUUGCCUCCGGCGCUCGCUCUCUCGCAGCCUCCCGCGGUUCACGGCCUGCCGCCGCCUUCGUCCGCCGCUUCCGUGGGUUCCUACGCGCCGCCGAAGCCGUAUGCCCCUUCGGCCCAGGCACCGGAGCGGACCUUCUUUUCGCCCUCGCCCUCGGUCCUGGGGCGCGCUGCGGCCCCGUCUCUGGGCACGCCGCCUGUCGCCGGGGCGGAACCCCUCGGGUCUUUGGCGAGCACGACGACGGGGAGCAGCGCCUACGCGCCCGCCUCUACGCUGAAGGGCGACCCGCUUCGCGCUCCAGUUUUCCGCAGUUUUGCGGCAGGUCCUCUGCAGGCGCCCCCCCCUCCGGCCCAGCAGCGACUCCUCGCGUGCCCGACGCCUUUCUCGGCGUCUCCGUCGUCGCCCUCGUCGGGGUCAAUCAUGCCCUGCCCCGCGCCGACCGCGGGCGUGGUCGCUCACGCCCCGACAGAGGCGCAGGUGCGCGCCUGCGUGUCCGAGUUGGGCGAGAAGCCUGCGGUCAACGAGUUCGAGGCGAGCGCGCGGCCCGAGGCUCGCGCAGGCGCCGGCACGCCGCCGCUGGCGUCUCCGCAGCUCUUGGGAGGCACUGUGCUGGCUCCAGGGAGAGCGCGUAGAGCCCGACAGGGAGGGAGGAAGAAGCGCACGUGGGGCGGGAAGUGGGGCGAGCAGUUUCAGGCCUUCUACGGUAGCAGCAGUGACGAGGAGGGCGGGGGCGCGGGCUCUGAGGCUGAGGAGGAGGAGGCGAUCAACCCCGGGGACGGAGGCGCCUGCGGGGCGGCCCAGGUAGGCUCUGUGUCGCCUGCCGCCGAAUUUCAGCAAGGGCCACGCGCAGAAGCAAAUCCUUCGCAGGGGGCCCUGUGGUUUCCCUUUUCCGGACAGAAAUCCACAGCGGCGGCGCCCGAAGUCCAGGUGUCGGUACACCCGCAGGUCAGUCUGGUGGCGGGCCGCUACCCGGCUGCGACUCCUUUUGCCUCGGCGCCAAACUGGGGGAUGCCUCCUUCGCCCUCUGCGGCGCCGGUGUACGAUACGCGGAAAUACGCGCCGUCUACGAUCCCUGGAAGGGGCUUCGUCGUGUGCGACGGACGCGUGUACGUCCCAGGCAGCGACGCGUCUCCAGACUCGCGCCCCGCGGCCCUCCCUGCGCCCUCGCUUUCGAGCUCUCCGCGCUACGCCGAGGCGCCGCCGCCGCCAAGUUCGGGCGCUGUGCUGCCUCCUAAAUGUCUCAUCUCUCCCUCGCGCCUCCCCGUCCACUGCGUUCCGUCCGCCGCGUCGAUGUACUCGCCUGCGCAUGCGGGGGCCUACUAUGGCGCCCGGGGCGGGGCGGUCCUGCGGCCCGCGUGGCGCAGUCGGGCGCCGCAGCGAGCGUCCCCGGAGCCGACGGAGCUCAUCGUGCGGCAGCUGCCACCCUAUUCGCCGCGGACUCCGAGCCGGCCGCGGCGGCGGAAGCCGAGGAGGGGCCGCCGCGCCGCGCAGAAGGCUGGCGGGGCCGACCUCGCGCGGCAGGUGAACGCCUCGGCGGCCGGCGCGGGCUCAGCAGUGGUCGGGGCGAUAGGCGGUUUCAUGGGUGGAGUCGUGGAUCACAUCCGCGAGCGAAACGGCCUGUCCUCUUCCAGCGGUCUCUCCUCCGCAGCGAGCUCCCGGGUCCCAUCCGAGGAGCGAAGCGCGAGCCCAGGGGCCGGCAUGGUGCCGAGCGUGGCGAACAACGGAGGUCUCGUCGUCGCUCCCGCGCCAGGAUCCAGGGCCUUGUUGCCGGGGGGCAGCAGCGCGAACCAGAGUGUCGGCGCGCCCGAACAGGGCGCUGCGGCCAACGCGGCGUUCGCUGCCAGUCCGGCCCUCGCCUCCAACGCGUACGCCAGCUCGAUCUACGCGGCCGGAAACGGCAUCGGGUUCCCCCCGGCGCCCUCUGUGGCGACUCCACUGCCCUCCUCAGCGGCCUCCUCGCUCGGUCUUCCUGCGCUGCACCAAGGCGUCGCGGCUUCACCGGUUUCUCUUGCGGGCGCCUCGGAGGCGUCGGCCCACGCGUCGUUGGCGCGCCCGCCGGAGCCCGCCACCCCCGCAGCUCCGUCCCCGUCUGUCCCCGCGCCUUCGGAGGCGGAACAGGCUGAGCCGCUGACCGCGGAAGAGCAGGGCCGCCUCCUGGGCAACAAAACGGCCUCCGUGGUGCUUGAGAAUCUCUCGCUCACGGCGCGCUCGCUUCUGCACGUCGCCUCCGCGGCUCCAGGCCUAGCAGCCUCCGUCGCUCUCGCGGCUGUGAACGUGGUGAACUCCGUCAAGCGGGGCAUCGAGGGGCUCGACGAAGGAGACGAGCCUUGGGGGACGCCCGAGGCGGCAGCCGGCGGCUGGAAGGCGGAGGGCUCCGGGCAGAGCUCGAAGGCGGAGAGUGUCGCAGGCAAAGAAGGCACGAAGAAAAAGUCCAAGGGAACUGUGUUGCAGUCGUGCGUGUCCGCAGAGUGCGUGGGAAGCGGGCCGGCGUCGCCCGCCCAGACAGUAAACGAGGAAACCGCCACGUCGUCGCCGCCAGUAUCUCCGAGUCUGAAGCCCCGGUCCUCGUGUGGUCUCGCUCGCCAGUUUCGCCUCCUCGCUCAGGAGACGUGCCAGCCGCACUCGCCGCAGGCGCGGAGUUUGUCGGCGAAGCGGCUGGGCGGGACCUCGCUCUCCAUCGCUGCGCUGCCUCCGCUGCCGCCUCCCGCCGCGUCGUCGCGCCCUCUGUCCCCGUCUCAGACCCUCGCGGAUUCUCAAGAGCUCGAUGCUGCCUUCUACGAGUGGUUUUCCUUCGCGUUUCUGUGGGAGCGGACGCUUCUCGAGGACUGUUGCGUGGAAGAUGCCCAGCGCCUGAAGAAGGUCUUCGAUCGCUUCGCGCUCCCUGUCGCCAACGCGUCCGCGCCCCAUGUUUCCGCCCCCGGGGUCGCGUUGAAUGUGUCAAUGCCGGAGCCCUCGAGCGCGCCGGGGCUCUCGCGCGCGGGCUUUGAGCGUCUUCUUAGCGCCUACCCCUCCUGUCUGCCUGUGGAACACCACGACUUCUUCUUCCGCACCUUUGCGAGGAAGCGCGACGACGAGAUCCUACUGCGCGACUUCCGCGCUGGUUUCUACGUGACGCAGCCCGAGGUCGCCGAGGACCUCGAAAUGGCUAGUGGGAAGCUCCGCAUGCAGUUCAUCUUUAGGGCCUACGACUUGGACGCCGACGGCUGGCUCAGCGCCGAGGAGCUCCAGGGCCUCCUGAAGCACCUCCACGCCGCGGGACUCCAUGAGGAAGACCAAAAGGUUAAGCAGGACGCCGACGCCCUUGACGAGCUCGUCAAGAAAGAGGCACAGGUGCUGCUCACGCGCUUCCCUCGGUUUGGCUACUCGGCCUUCCUGCACUGCGUGAGGACCGGCGUCUUCAACGCCACUCACCGACUCCUUCGAUGCCAAGUCUCUCUGCCGAUGCUGAUCAAAGAAGAAGAGGAAAUAAAGAGGGGCAUCUACCACGCCGCCUCGCACAAGCACUCGCUUGCCCUCCCCACGGGCCCCGGAGACCGGGCAGCCGACGCGUCCGCGGAGCUCCCACCUGGAGCCCAAGACGCUGCGACUGCGGCCGUGGCGGCGGCUGCCGCGGUUGUCUCCGCCGCCGCGGCGUCUGCGGUCCUGGCGGGGAAAUCCAUCUCUCAGCCGCCCGCCAACCAGGUCGGGCCCCUCGUCGCCCUCGCGCCUGUAGGGGGCACGACCCCCCAGGGCCCAGAGAAGGCGCCGGAUGCAGGUGUCUCCUUGACGCUGACGGGUCGGGCUUCGCCCUUCGCCUCCGCGGCUGAAGCCCAACCCGGAGGGCGCGGAGAAGGAAACCUGGCGGCAUCCGGUCUCAAGCAGCCCGAGACAGCUUUCACACCCAUGACCGGACUGCCUUCGCCGUUUCAGUCGACGGCUGGGCUCCAGCCGUCUGCCGGGGACCGUCUUUUUGCAUCGGCCUGCGGCGUCGGACCGUCAGUCCCCGGGAAGUCAAUUCGCCCCGUCACGACGCCCGAGAAGCAGGUCGCGAAGAAGGCGUCAUAUCCAAGCCUGUCACCGCACGUGAGCGCGAUCGCCUGCCGCGUGGUGCAGCACGCAAAGGCCGCGCUCCCGUUCUCCUCUCGUCAGGAGCUCGACGCGCGACUCGCUGCGUUUCUCGCGGCAGAUGCGGCGAGCCCCCUCGGGGCCCCAGGCGUAGCCUCCUUCCUCGGCAUGCCGCUCGCGCUGGAGGACAUGGUUGCUCUCUUCGACGCCUGCAGCGUGCUCUUCGCAGCCGAGGAGACUGUCAUUGAGGUGAAUUUGCCUUCGAAGAUCUUCGGAGACAUCCACGGACACCUGGCAGACCUGCUCGAGUUCUUCGGUUCAUUCGGAUGGCCCGGUGACAUCGACAAAAUCACUCAACAAAUGGAGGACUUCCUCUUCCUCGGCGAUUACGUCGACCGCGGACACUGCAGCUUGGACGUGCUUUUGUUGCUCUUCUCGCUGAAAGUCUUGUACCCGAACCGAGUGUUCCUGCUGCGCGGCAACCACGAAGACCGACAGAUGAACCGCGACUACGGUUUCUUCGAGGAGCUUCAGCGAAAAUUAGGAGAAGCGAGCGAAAUGCUGUGGGAGAAGUCAAACGACGUCUUCGACCUGCUGCCGCUCGCUGCCUUCGUCCCCACCGCGGGCCUGUUUUGCCUCCACGGCUGUUUGGGGGACUCGAUUGAAAGCAUCAACGACCUCCGCUCCAUUGAAAGACCUCUGCACGUGUCGGCCCUGAACCUCGGUCAGUCCUUGUCUGCGAGGGACCUUGAAAACGUCGCAGCGAACCGCGUCAUGGACUGCCUCUGGAGCGAUCCUGAGCGCCCGGCCGAGCGAGGUGAAGACGCCGUUGGUCCGGCCUCUCCGAGAGGCGGGCACGUCGUUCGGAGCUCUGCGGCGUUCAUUGAGUCCUUUUUGGAUCGGAAUCGGCUGGCGCUCCUAGUGCGCGGUCACGAGUGCGUGGCGCCGGGAUACUGCUACGACUUGGGUGGGCGGUGCCUCACGCUCUUCUCUGCCUCGAACUACUGCGAGACUGCGCAGAACGACGGCGCGGCUCUGCAUGUCUAUCGCGAAGAGGAGGAAGAGCCCGGCGCUCUCGGCAAGCCCCGACAGCACAUCACCUGGCAUGUCCUGCUCGUCGAGUGCAUGCCGCGCAGGGCACGCGGCGGGCCCUCGGCGGCGGGUGCCGCGGGGGAUGACCGCGUUGAGUUUUCCUCGCUAGCGCCGGGCUGCGCCUCGCCCGUCUUUUGUCCCUCUUCGCCGCACCCACCCACGCAUCCGCCGCUGGUCCCCCGCGCGGCGUCGCCUGACGCUCAGGCCCAGGGCGCCUGCUACGAGGAGCUCGCGCGUCUGGCCUCCGAAGCCGCGCGAUCGCCAAUGAACGGCGGGUCGCCUGCGUUCCCUUCCUCCCCAGUGGGCGGGGCGCUGCAUUCUCCAAUGCAUGCAUCAUCUCCACAUGCCCCCCCCGGUGCGCGCCUCCCUCUCAAUCCAGGCACUUCAUCGUCGCCCUUCCUCCAUCCUUACGCGGCUUCUGGUACGGUUCUUAGGCCGUGCUCGCCGUCGCAAGCGCCUUCGUCGAUGCCUCCGCUGAGCAUGGCCGCCUGCGCCGCUGGGCUUUCGACGCCUCGCAUCGUGACCACGUCUCACAGGCCCGCGGGGACAGGCUUGGAGCCCAAUGGGUAUGGAGGGGGUGCCGACCUCGUGUCUCCGGGGCCCCACAUCGAGAUUCCCUCAGAGGUCCUGCGGUCCCACCCGUGCUCGCCCGCGUCCUCGCCGCACGCAGCUGCGAACGCAGGGCCCCUCCUAUCGCCGAGCGGAAUCGCGCAUCCGCAGUGCGUCUCGGCGCCCUCCUCGCCCGCGUCGUUUGCCUUCCAUACGGCGCUUCACACCUCGUCUCCCGCGCCCGCGGCACAACACAGUCUCCCCGGGGCCCGCGGAGCCCUGCUCCCUCCGCUGUCCCCCGGGUACAUGGCGGAGUCUGAACGCGUGCAACGCACGGCCGAGCGCGCGCAGGCUUGCGCGACGUCGUCCCUCGGUCUGAGUGCGGCGCCGCUCGACACAAACAUCCCGCCGGGCUCCGUCAAGUCGAUCUUUCCGUCUCCCAGUGUGUACCACCAGACGGCCGGGAAACUCGCCGCAAGGCCUCCGCGCCCGCCCGUCGCCCGAGGCCUACGCAGACUCCAGCGGCUGCCGUGGAAGACCGUCUCCGUUGCACAGCACACUCCACAGGCUGGGGGGGGCGGAGACGCCGCCGACGGCCGCUCAGCCAAGGCAGACCUGGGGGGGGGCAUACCCACGUUCAGUGCGCUCCCGCGUGUCUCCGACGACGAGGGCGCCAGUGGAGACAGCUGUCCCUUCGCCACGCACGCGGGCGGCCCGGGCUUCGCGGGGGCAGCCGGCCGAAGAGACCCCGGUGGGCCCGUGCUGGGGCCCUUCUCGCCGGUCGCCGGCAGCCGGACGGGGUCACCCCCCCUAGGCUUCGCAGACGCCUGCAGAGGCGCGAGGCAACUAGAGGCGGACUUCAGAGAGCCGCAGCGACGUCCUGAGUGCUCACCGCGCUCGCCCCACUGGAGAGCUGUCCACGGGCUUCUGGCCUCGACAUGCAGUCCCGAGUACAACACGCUGCCGGAAGCAGGCCCGACCCCCGGCCCCGACGCAGACACUUCGAGCAGACGGGAGUCGCCAGUUCGAGUGCGCCUGCCGCCGCUGUGUGCCGCCGACACCGACAGGCCGAGCACGUCUCUUCCGCCGGAGUUACGCCCCCAGUCGCGACCCCCCGCGGGCUGUCCAGCUUCUCCAGGCUUUGCAGAUUAUUCCUCGCCGCGGCAGUUGGGUCCGCGCGACGGCGAGAAAGGCCUUUUAUCCCCAGCGCGGGGUGACAGCACGUCCCCCGCCGCGCGCGGGUGCAGACCGCUGUCUGCUCUCGCCUCCCCGACCGCGGUCGGUCGGGGCCGUGGGGAGGGGCGCGACGAGGAGCCCAGGGACGACGAAAGGCGAGAUCGUCGGCCGCGGCAGAGAUCCAGCAUCUCCUCGUUCUUCAGUGCGCGGGGGGACGAGACGGAGGUCGGAGCCUCGGCUUCCCCGUGGAGCUUCGAGGAUGCCUGCGGAGGGCGACGUGAACAGAGACAAACACGAGCGCGGCGAGCUCUCACGACGUGCGAGACUCGCGACAGAAGAGCCGACGAUGAGGACGAGGACCCUGUCGCUGCGGCCUUCGCUGCGGCUGCUCUAGAGGGUCAGAAGACCCGAAGGAGGCGACGCAGAAAGUCGUUCGCGGUCUAG